UGGCUCAGUGCUGAGGCGACCGCCCAUGCGCGGCUCACCAUGGCGUCUCAGCUUCGGCUCCGCUCCGCUCUGGCCCUGGUCACAGGUGCAGGUAGCGGCAUCGGCCGAGCGGUCAGUGUGCGCUUAGCUGCUGAGGGUGCCGCCGUGGCCGCUUGCGACCUGGACGGGGCAGCGGCACAGGAGACGGUGCAGCUGCUGGGAGGGCCGGGGAGUGAGAAGGAGGCACCCCGCGGGGCCCAUGCUGCCUUCCAGGCUGACGUGUCCGAGGCAGAGACCGCCAGGCGCCUGCUGGAGCAAGUGCAGGCCUACUUUUUUCGCCCGCCAUCUGUCGUUGUGUCUUGUGCGGGCAUCACCAGGGAUGAAUUUCUGCUCCGCAUGUCUGAAGAUGACUGGGAUAAAGUCAUAGCUGUCAACCUCAAGGGCAUCUUUCUAGUCACUCAGGCUGCAGCCCAAGCCCUGGUGUCCAGUGGCUGUCCUGGCUCCAUCAUCAACAUCAGUAGCAUCAUAGGGAAGGUGGGAAACAUGGGACAGACAAACUACGCAGCAUCCAAGGCUGGAGUGAUUGGGCUGACCCAGGCUGUAGCCCGGGAGCUCGGACGAUACAGGAUCCGCUGUAACUCUGUCCUCCCAGGGUUCAUUAAAACACCCAUGGCACAAAAAGUGCCACAGAAAGUGCUGGACAAGAUGUGGCCGAUGUGGUCGCGUUCUUGGCAUCUGAGGACAGUGGAUACAUCACAGGGGCAUCAGUCGAAGUCACUGGAGGUCUUUUCAUGUAACUGCCUCAAGGACCCUGGACUCUGCUCACUCCCCCACCAUUCUGCCCGGCCUCCUGCUGAUGAGGACUCUGAGUUCCCAGGCUACAAAAGGGGUGGCAGUGUAUGGCUCAGGAAUGUGAAUAUGGGAGGCAGGGGUGCUUGUGACCCUAAUAAAUUCCAAAUCCUCUUCCCUGCCACCUCCGGUUCUUCUUGUGUCCAAGUCCUCAGACCCUUCCCCACCUCCCCCUCCUUUCCCUUUCGGGAAGGAUUGUUCCCUUUCACUGCCUGGUCUCCCAGGGCAACCCCCGCCGCCGGGUGUGAGAGGAGAGAGUGUGUGUCACUGUGUGUGCGUGACACUCUGGGUCUUUUGGAGGGAGGGGUCUCUGCGCCACCCCCUUCCACUGAUUCUGCAGCCCCAGUCCCCUCCCCCCCCAAUACCCUGGGUCCUUGUGGUCCCCAAGGGUGAUUCGUUCAUGGCCCCAUCCU